GGUUCUCUUAUUUUGAAAGCAGAAGACUCAUGGAGAGUAAUCCUCUUAGCAGCCUAAUCAUCAGAAAGCAAGAUGGUGAAUGUGCGAGUCUAUAGGACGAGAGUUCAAUAUACUCCAUAACAAUAUACAUCUGGAUGCUGAAGCCUCAAUGAUGACCGAUGACAACAGUGACGACAAUGAAGAGGAGUUCGACGAUGACUGUGAGAAUGAAUCAGACACAUCACUUAGCAGCAUGAUCACUGGUUUGCUCGUACGCUGCGGCUGUUUGAAAAUAACUGCGAAUAUGCUGAACAUCCCGUCCCAGUCGUUUCCAGCGGCGAGUUCCCAGCAACGAGUGUCUCCGUCUGGCCAGUCCGGAAGAAACAAGGUAGCCUUGAAGCCCGGCCACAGCCUGAUUGACUGGAUUCGCUUCACCAAGAGUGGGAAGGAUCUGACUGGUCUUCGCGGACGCCUGAUUGAAGUUACUCAAGAGGAGCUUCAGAAACAUAACACUAGAAAUGACUGCUGGACAUGUAUACGAGGGAUGGUUUACAAUGUCACUCCGUACAUGGACUACCACCCUGGUGGAGAGCAGGAGCUGAUGUUGGCCGCAGGCGUUGAUGGAACUGACCUCUUUGACCAGGUCCAUCGCUGGGUCAACUAUGAGUCCAUGUUAAAAGAAUGUCUUGUGGGAAGAAUGGCUGUGAAAACCACUGCAGCGACAAAAGCUACACUCCCACCACCUUCCCCUACUGGCCUUACCAGGGGCACGUCUGUAGGUCCUCCACCCAACAAAGACUCCCACCCCAGGUAUGACUGGUUUCAGUCUGAUGUCAGUGUUCAUCUGGUUGUAUAUGCGAAAAGGAAGAUUCCUCGCUCAGGGUGUACAGUGGUCGAUCUUCAGGAUGGUCUAUUACGUCUGGAGGUCCUGCUCGGAAAGAUGUCUUACAUGAUACAUCUGCGUUUAGCUGAAGAAGUUAAGGAAACUGUCUCUGUUCACACAGCCUUUGCAGUUGGGAAGAUCCAGGUCAGCAUGAUCAAACAGGCCGGAGGACACUGGUCCAGCCUUGGUCAACCGCUGGAGGGUCACAACACAUUUGUGCACAAAACAGUCACAGAUCUUUUCUACCGGACUUGUCUGUUAGUGUCAAAGAGUGAAGUUAACUACAACACAAUAUUGCUCCAGCUUAAACUUCCUGGAGGGUCUGUGAUGCAUGUGCCUGUUGGCAAACAUGUUUACCUCAAGAGUCUGACCCAAGAUAUUGAGGUGGUCAGACCAUACACUCCCAUUGACUCGGAGCUGGUUGCAGUUUCUGAUCUCUCCUCACAGGAAUCGUACCUCUACCUCAUGAUCAAAAUUUACCCAGAUGGAGUCUUCACACAGCUUCUGGAAAAACUGCGCAUUGGUGACAGCGUAUCCGUCAGCAAUCCACAGGGAAACUUCAGUAUCCGACCUCUUCGCAAUAUCACGCAUCUCUUCCUUCUUGCUGCGGGCACAGGCUUGUCGCCAAUGGUUCGCCUCAUUAAACACGCCCUUCAAGACAUUGACACGCUCAGGAUGAUCAAGCUGCUGUUCUUCAACAGACAGGAAAAAGACAUUCUCUGGAGACAUCAGCUGGACCAUUUAGAAGCUCAAGAAGAAAGGUUCCAGGUGGAGUAUGUACUCUCAGAAGCAUGUGAAAACUGGACCAGUAGGAAAGGUCGGAUUGAGGAGUCCAUGCUGAAGGACUUCCUUCACAGAGCAAGCGAUUCAAAAUGCUUUGUCUGUGUAUGUGGUCCUACUGCCUUCACAGAUCUCGCCGUCAGGUUAGUGAAGCAGCAGGGCUUCAAUGAGGAGGAGCUCCAUGCUUUUCAAGGCUGAAUGCCUCUACUCCCCCAGCUGAGAGCACUUGGUUGUACAAGAAAGAGAAGCGAUUUGCUAUGUAUGUCUUAAACACACAAACUACAUCAAUGUAUGGCGAAAGGCAGGAAGGAAGUUAAAUUAAAAAGAAAUAUUAUUUUCUUUUAUAGUGAAAAAAAUAUGUUCAAAAUUAAGACAAAAAAACUUCAAUGAAACUAAAUAAUGAAUGCAGAAUUAACCAUAUGCAAAUCCUUUACUGCUUUUCUCAUAAUUCUGGUGUUUUACCAUGGUUGUUUUUUGGACAGAUUUUCAGAAAUGGGUAUUAUUGUGUAUCGGGUAUUAUUGUAGACACAUGCCAAUCGUUUUUCGUGUCUCCAGCAAGUCAUUCAUGGACCACCCAGCUCUCUUCUUGACAUGCAAAAGGAUCUUUUUUUGACAAGCACUGCCUCUCUACAGCUUUGUCACGUGAUACGGUUCAUUUUGGUCAUUUAGUAGUACGAAUAAAUGUGUGUGAAGUGUAAGAGAGAAAAAUAACCUGUGCUAUGCAAAUUUCUGUUUCCUGUUUUAAUGGAACAUGAGAGCCUGCCACGGAUCCCAUUUGUCACUUUUAAUACAUUUUUUUUCUUCUUUUCUGAUUGCUGACAGUAAUAAACCAAGCUGUUCGUCUG